GGGGAUUAGAAGGAUAAAAAGUUUCAUAAUUUUGUCAAAGUCUCUUGAUUGAUGGAGAGUGGUGGUGAAGAUAAUACAGAGGGAUCUUCAUAUGUUGAAGAAGACAAGAUCUUUGUGGCACUGGGGAAUGUUAUGAAGGAAAGCAUAUGGACUUUGGUUUGGGCACUGAAGAACUUUCGGAGGAAGAAUUUCUACAUUCUUCAUGUUCACCAGCCAGCUCAAGAGAUCUGUGUCAUGGGUGGGAAAUUUAAAGCAGAUGGACUAGAUAGGCAUCAAGUUAGAGCACACCGAGAAAAGGAAAAGAAGGAAAUGAAUAAUCUUCUAAAAGAGUACCUUGACAUUUGUCUCGAUGAUGGGGUCUAUGCAGAGCCAAUAUGCAUUGAAAUGGAAAAUGUUGAGAGAGGGAUUGUAGAGCUCAUUGCGCAGCAUGGGAUCACAAAACUUGUCAUGAGAGCAGCAUCAGACAGGCAUUAUUCAGAGAAAAUGGAAAAGCUGGAAUCCAAGAAAGCAAUCUUUGUCUACAAUGAGGCCCCAGUUUCCUGCCAUAUUUGGUUUGUCUGCAAAGGGCAUCUCAUCCUCGAGAGGGAAGGUAUUUCAGAGGAAACUGCAAUAAAGGCUCCAUCAGUCCUGGAUAGUCCUAUGAAGAUAAUUCGCCAACUAGAUCAACCGAGAAAUAUACAACUUCCCAAAUCAUUCAGCCAUGGUGCUGGUGGUAGUAGUUGGCCAAGAAGUCCAGUUCAGAAUCAAAUCCAACGAGCUACAUCUACCAUAAGUGACACUACUAAAGUCCCUACAAAACUUACUAAUCCAGUUCAGGACCUAUUCCGACGAGCUUUUUCAUCUCGUAAAAGAAAUACUGAGAGUUCAACAGGAAGGGAACAAAAGGCAUCUUCUUCCAGAGGAGAGGCUUUAGGAAUACAAAAACCAAUUAGAUUUUCUUCUCAGAGUUCAGACUGUUCAUCGCGACUUCCAAUUGGCAAUUCAGAGUCAAUUUUACGGAGUGAGACGACUGAUAAUGAUUCAUCAUCUUCUACUAUUGAGCUUUUACUGGAAAAGUCAGAAAGCUUUAAUGAGAAUGAUGGGAAGAAAGGAACGAACGAAGAACUUGAAAGAGAAAGGCAGGAACUCAAAAUACUGAAGAGCCAACGGGAUCAAAUCAUGGAAGAACUCCGAAUAAGAGAGGAAGAGUUUGCAAACUUGCAGAGACCUCAGUUCUUCUCGGUGUUCUCUGCCUUGGAUAUUGAGUCAGCCACUGAGAUCUUCAACCCAUCCAAGAAGAUUGGAGAAGGGGCAUUUGGGAAUGUCUAUAAAGGACUCCUUCGACAAACCCCCGUGGCUAUUAAGAGGUUUCACAAUCAUUGUUUGGAAGGGCAAAGCAGUUCAGAUUUCCAACGGGAGGUUGAUGUCUUGAGCAAGGUAAGGCAUCCAAACCUUGUCACUCUCAUUGGAGCUUGCCCUGAAGCUUCUUCACUUGUCUUUGAGUACCUUACUAAUGGUAGCCUUGAAGAUCGCCUCAAAUGUAAGGAUGGCACUCCCCCUCUAUCGUGGAAAACUCGAAUACGUAUUGCCAAGGAGAUGUGCUCCGCCCUCAUCUUCCUUCACUCCAAUGAACCUCACAGCAUAGUUCACGGGGAUCUCAAACCAUCAAACAUCCUUCUGGAUGUAAACUUUGUUAGCAAACUUGGUGAUUUCGGGAUUUCUAGCUUUAUCUCUCGUGAUGAAAGCUCAACCUACACAGACACACUUUAUUGUACAGCUCCAAAGGGAACUUUUGCCUACAUAGACCCUGAGUAUUUUGCAACUGGAGUGCUAACACCAAAGGCUGAUGUGUAUUCAUUUGGAGUUGUACUGUUACGGCUUUUGACUGGGAGACCAGCCUUGGGUUUGCCAAUGAAAGUGCAAUUUGCAUUGGAAGAGGGAGCCUUGAAUGCCAUGUUAGAUGCAUCAGCAGGUGACUGGCCUUUGGUUCAGGCAAAGCAACUCACUCAAAUGGCAUUGAGGUGCUGUGAGAUUAACAGGAAGAACCGGCCAAACCUUGAGUUAGAGGUGUGGAAACUGCUCCGCUUACUGGAGAAUCAAAUUUGACAUUGGAAAUGGUAUUGUAU